AUGAUAACAUCAAUGUAUUUUAAUGAUAUUAAAGAUUUUAUUAAUUUAGAAAUAGGAAUUAAAAGAUUUCAAGGAAAUAUUGAACGAUUUCAUUUUAAUCCAAUUACAUUAAAUGAAUAUUCAAGAAAGUUCUUUCCUAAUAUUGAAACAUUUCAUAUUUAUAAAUAUAAUGAUAAAAUAUUUAAUGAUGGAAGAAUAUUUAAAAAAGUAAUAUGGUAUUUAGUAAGUUAUUCAAAAUAUUUAAAAGAAAAAGAACAAGGAAAUAUCUGUAAAAAUAUAAAAUAUACAAAAUCAGAUAGAAAAUCAUAUGGAAAUACAAUACCACUAGAAGUUAAAUCACUUGGAUAUGAAUGUUUUUAUGAAUGUUCAUCAUUAACAACAAUUAAUAUACCAACAUCAAUUACUAAAUUAGGAGAUUGUUGUUUUAAUAGAUGUUCAUCAUUAACAACAAUUAAAAUACCAUCAUCUGUUAGUGAAAUAGGAGAUGGUUGUUUUUAUGAAUGUAAGUCAUUAACUAGUAUGAAUAUAGACAAUCUACAAUAUAUUAGUAAAGAAAGAAUAUUUAUGAAUGAACCAGUGUUAGUUCGUAUUAAAAUACCAGAAAAUCUACAAACAAUCAAUGGAAAGAAUAUUGAAAAGAAAGAUAUUAAUGAAUUUAUUAUUCCAUCUUCAAUUACUAAAUUAGGAAAAUGUUGUUUUUAUGAAUGUCCAACACUGACAUCUAUUAAUAUACCAUCAUCAAUUAGUAAAUUAGGAUAUGAAUGUUUUGAUGGAUGUUCAUCAUUAAAAUCAAUUAAAAUACCAUCAUCAAUUAAUAAAAUAGGAUUUAAUUGUUUUAAUGAAUGUUCAUCAUUAACAUCAAUUAAUAUACCAUCAUCAAUUAAUGAAUUAGGAAAUUAUUGUUUUUAUAAAUGUUCAUCAUUAAAAUCAAUUAAUAUAUCAUCAUCAAUUACAUCAUUUGGAGAUGGAUGUUUUUAUGGUUGUGGAUGUGAAGAAGAAUUAAAGAAAAAUAAAAGAAUACCAAGAAAUUGUUUUGAUAGAGGGUGGUAA